AUGUAUAGACUAAUUAGCAAGGUAAAGCCUAGACAGCUGUUCAUUUUGUCGCAGUUAGGAUCAUUCAGAUCCGUUUCGUAUACUUUACCGACCAUACCUUUGUUAGACAACUUGAAAAUAAGUAAAGAUGAAUUCAAAGGCUUAUAUUCAAAUAAUGCGGUUAAUGAAUUAUGGUUUAAGAGAGGCGAGCAACUUGUGGAAGGCUUGAAUCAAUUGUUGGAAGAAAACAAUAUCAACCCACCAUCAGAUUUAAACGAAUUAAUUACCUUGACCUUCAAUAAACCAGAUUUGUAUGGUAUUUAUUCAUAUGCUUCAUUAAUACAUAACUUACAAUUCAGUUUGGAAUCCUUAAAGCCAAAUGAAUCAGAAGCUGGGAAAUAUUCUAUCAAGAAAAGCGAGCCAAAUGACUUAUUGAAAACACCAUCAAUCAGCCAAACAUUUAAUAACGAACCAACUGAUCCAAACUUGAGAGAAUGGAUCAUUAACUCAUUUGGAUCAAUUGCUGAGUUCCGUACUUUAUUAUUAAAUUCAGCUAAAGGUAUCAAAGGUGAUGGUUUAGUUUGGUUGGUCGCACAAGCUACUUACUCUGAAAGUACCAUGAGAAACAACCAAUUUUCAACCAAUGCAAAUGACUUUAAAUAUAGUACAUUAUCGAUCAUGAAUACGUAUAAUGCAGGUAUAGUUGAUGAUUCUAUCAGAUCAGGCCAAAUAACCAAGUUGAAACAACAAAAACAAGCUAAAAUUGCUUCAUUGAGAAAGAAAAUACAAGAAAGAAAACAUAUCUCUAAAGACCAAGAGCACAAUGAGGAAUCUGAAAAUGGAAAUGAAGAAGAUGCUUUAGCUGCUCUUGAAAGUGAAGCAUCAUUACUGAGCGACUUGACUUUAGGAACUGUUGAGGAGGCAGAAGCUGCCACAUUAUACUCAGACAGAAAAUUAUUGCCUUUGUUAGCUAUUGAUGCAUCGUUAAGAAACUAUUUACUUGAUUACGGUGUUUUCGGUAAACAACAAUAUUUAGAUAAUGUUUGGGAUUGUAUCGACUGGGAUGUUGUCUCAAAAAGAGCCCCAAUCAGGUUUAAACAAUCGUUUGAAAUGGAUUAA